AUGGAGCUUGAGCUGUUCAGCAUCACAGUCCUUGGUGGUUCCAGAUGCGGCAAGACGACCUUGAUCAAUGCCUUUGUCAACAACUCCUGCCCAACAGUGCUUGAGGAGACGGAGAGCGCGCAGCUCUACUACAAAACCCUCAACGUGACCUCCAAAGGAGGAGAUGCGGCUGCACCCCCACAGCCCGCUAUGGUCGAGAUCGAGGACACCUAUGCCGCCAGCAAGUCUGAUGGCCUGGAUGAGUACGAUCAACCUCGGAAAAUAGACACGUUCCUCAGGAUGGACCGGGCAGUCCAUACAGAUGGGGAGGCUGUGGAGCUGCUCCAGGGCUAUGAGAUUCCGGAGGUUAGCGAGUACCGGCCGUUGUCGCCUCGACGAAUGGCUUUCAUGCUCGUCUUCGACUGCACGUCCCAACUUUCGCUCAAGGAGGCACAAGACCUCCACAGCGCGAUGAGAAUGGACAUCGACGCUUCCACGAGACCUGUGGUGUGCUUGGUGGCAAACUGUCUGGAUGCGGACGCUACAGACGGAGAGCAGCGUCGGUUGGCGCAAAGAUACGCCAAAGACAGCAACAUCUCCUACUUCGAGCUCUCUGCUUAUGACCUGAAAAAGGUGAAGCAGCUCUUCCGCAGCGUGCUCAGCGAGAUCUACGCCAAGGAAGAUCUGUGGAGGCCCACUCAACACAGACGAAAGGCUUUUAGCCGUGUCGAGGACAUCGACAAGAAUGAGUUUGACAAUGAGAACAAUCGAGAGGCCCAGAAGAAGGCCGAAGAGGAGGAGUUUACGCGACUCUCCCGCGAAGCUGCUGAGGCAGCUCAGGAGAACAAAGUGCGCAUGGCCCAUGCGGCCGAAGCUGCAGAGGAACGCCGUCGCCAAGCCGUUGAGGAGGAGAAGCGGCAGGCAUUGGAGGCACAUUCGGAAGAGGACCAGGUACCAUACGAGCCACAAAUCAGAGCGACGGCGGUCGCCACCCCUGCGCCAACAUCGACAGGGUCAAGUGGGCCAAGGCUGCACUGGAGCCAGGCCUCUUUGGCAUCGACCUCGCAGACUCCCCCGCCGUUGCCUCCACCAUCUUCGCCUCCGGGAGCGAACACCCAGACCACGAGUGAAGAUCGCUUUGGUCUUUCCAGAUGGCUGCCUGCAUCGUUUUUUGCGUAG